AUUGAACAUAGAGUUAAAAAACAAAAAUAGAAAAGUCAACUAAACGUCAAAAAAUGAGAAGGUCCACCAUACCCCCUAAUCCUUAAGGUAUGGGUCACACUACUCUCACUCAAAUCUACCAUCGUAAUCUAAACUGUAAAUAAUUCACGAAACCAAACUCCAACAAGGCGCGUGGACUGCAACUGCAAUUCGAGUGUUGGAUAAAUCCCGAAUUCUAUGUUGAAAGCUCAACGAAGAAGAUAACCGACUUAGCAUCUUCACCUUGCAGAGAGAUCGCCAUGGAUGAAAGUAGAAGCCCAGCUGAAAUUAAUAGCAUUGAUUGCUUGAGCAAGAAAAGAAAACUGCAAGAUGAGCUGCUGGAACUGCCUUUGCUAAAGCAUGUAUGUUGGCAUCAAAAUCCGGAACUUGUUUUCUCGUCGAACAAUGCAGAAAGUGAUGAAUCGUUCGAUCGAGAAUCUGCAAAAGACAGUAAUAGCUUUCACUGUGAUCCAGACUCAAUCAUGUCCACCGAUUACGACGAUGAAUCCAAACCGGACAUUCGAUAUCCGGAAGUAUACGAGACUUCUACUUCAUCCUAUUCUGAGAUCCAUUUCUACUCUUCAAAGAGUGUAUCGUUAACAAAGUCAAAUCCUAGUCAAACAGAGUCAUUAUCCCUUACCGAACAAAUUAAUUUCACCAAUUAUCAGUAUGGAAUCGACCCAUCUUUGCCUUACGAAGAACACCUCGAAGAAUUUGGAAAUCUUUGCGUUGAGGAGUCUACGGAUAAGGAACUCGAGAAUUACGUUCUUUCGUCUGGAAGGUGGUCUGUUAAUAAUCAAGGUAAUGAGCAAGAAAGCAAGAAAUUGACAAUUGAUAAGGAGUUUGAAGAGUACUUCUCCAUGCUAAUGAUGUAAGAUUAAUAUUGACAUUAGUGUCCUUUAUUUGGACAGUACCUAUGCAAGAACAUUGCUUUGAGUUAUCUCUAUUUCCCACAUCUGUCAUAUAUAUUAUUAUACUAUUACUUUGUUCGAGCAAAUGUAUAUAUAUAGUUUUGUUGUUUUCGAACAUAUCCGAUCUGCUUAAUUUGUUCAGUUUUUGUU